CGAAAAAUCUACUUUCUUUGUUCACACAGUUCCUGUUCCAUAUACGCUAAGACCUCUCAAUACCGCUUGCAGCUAUCGGCACUUCUGUGACCAUCCCAGCAGACAAGUUCAACAGGUAGUCCUCAAUCCGAAGAUAUUUUCACCCUGCUUAGUGGUUCGCAUAGGUUCUGCGCUCCGUGCUUCUUUUACGACCUCGACUUCGGUAGCAGAGGCCCCUAAUGGACCGGUUUGAUUCCACGGCUAUUUUCUCAAUCUUCAAGAAUGAAGAUGGAGAAAAUCUACUUCCCUUCGACGAGAUGGCUGCGCUUCUGGACUUAGGCGAGCUGCCAGACCUGAGCGACAACCCUCCCCUGAUAAGCAAUGUGCCGAUUGCAACAGCAGCAGAGCCAGCUGGGCCAAUAAAGCAGGAAGCACUGCCCACCGUGAGCGGAAUAGGAGACAGCGAGCACACCAGGGCGCAAGGGUGGGGCUCAAACCACUCUUCUGAUGAUGGUGGUGACGGGGACAGCGGCGGCUCAGACAUGGACGGCCAGCCUCAACACGACAACGACGCUCCCAGCCCUUCCCCGUUUGGUGGCAGCCCCAGCCCAGCUCCGUCUAAUCGAACAGGAAGCAGGGGAAAGGCCACGUCGGGCGUAAAGAAGCGACGACAGCGCAAUGCAGAUCAGAUGGAGUCCAAUCGCGUCGCUCAGCAGAAAUACAGGCAACGCAAGAAGAAGGAGCAGUCCGCGCUGCAGCAGGCGGUGGACAUGCUCACGGCGCAGGUGACGGCGCUCAAGGCGGUGGAGGUCCGCGCCUCCGAGCUCGAGUCCUCCAACGCCGCCCUGCGCGCCUCCCUCAGCCAGCAGGGCGCCUCCCUGGGCCUGCUGCAGCAGCACAGCGCGGCGCAGACGGCCGAGCUGGAGGCGACGCGGGCGGCGCUGGUCAGCAGCCAGGCGCAGGUGGCGGCGCAGGGGAGGGCAAUUGUGGACCAGCAGGCCAAGCUGAGGCUGCAGGAGCAGGUGAUCGCCUCCCUCAAGGACCGCCUCAAGGAGCGCAUCGACGAGGCGCUGCAACACGUGGUGCCCGGCACGGUGUGUGAGAAGAUGGUGGCGGCGGUCAAGGCGACGCUGUACGGCGCCAAGGACGUGUCGGGACUGCAGGAGACGCUGGCCCAGCUUCCCGAGCAGCUGGUGACGGAGCUGUGCAAGAACAUCUUCCACGUGUGCAAGGAGACGUGGCCGGAGCUGCGGCUGAGGUGCAGCCAGCAGGUGGGGGAAGCGUGCAUGGCGGGCAGGGCGUGAGGGGGAGGAGAGAGGAGGCGGGCAGGGCGUGAGAGGGAUGCGGGUAUGGCGGGCAGGGCGUGAGGAGGAGGAGAGCGGAGGAGAGCAGGGCGUGAGGGGGAGGAGAGCGGAGGCGGGCAGGGCGUGAGGGGGAUGCGGGUAUGUUUGGUGCUGGAGUAUGGGCGGCUGCGUGCAUGUCAUGACGGAGGAAAGUGGCUUGUUUUGACAGGCAGAGCUGCUGUUUUGUUGUGUCUUACUGCUUGGGUCUGCUGGAUUGGGGAUAAGAGGGAUGGCACUGCAUUGGGGCAUAUGCGGGAGCUGUGCAUGUUGCGUGCGAGUUGGUCGCGUGACAGGAUGGCGGGAGCGCGUGUCAUGUCUCAAGUGCAAUGUGAGGGACGCCCGGCGUGGCUUCAGGAGGGAUGGCGGUGCGGAGGGUGCGCAGCAGGAGGCACCGUUGUGCGAGGGCGGCGGUGGUACAGAGGAACACACCCGCGCAGGGGCGGGGCGGUCCGUUUGCAUGAGUCGAGCACAUUUCCGUGGUUAUAAUAAGGAGGGUUGGGAAGGGUGGAGGCGCGGUGCGGCGCAGUGCAGGAGACGGCCUGGAUGGUACAUAAUAGAAACAUCUGAAGGCCGUGUCCCCUUUGGACAUUUGUUAACGUUUGUCUGUUAAGCCUGUUAUGCAUGGUUUCAGUUCAUAGACCAGUACGACGGGGCAGCUCUCCCGUACGCACGUGUUGCAAGCACAUGUGCUGUUGUUUUGUCGCGCAUGUGCGAGUUGCGGACUGCAGCCAUCUUUGUCUUCACUGUUUAGCCCAUGGCAUGGUCAACUUGAAACUAUAGUCGUGUGUGUAUUUGUGUAGAGGCUAUAAUACACGAGGCGCUCCGGAGCACCCGCGCCUCUAUCUGUAACAUGUGGUAUGCGUGCUAGUUGGUGCCAUGGGCGUAGCGACCAAUUCCUGCCUAGCGGGUUUAACGUUUUGUUGGAUAUCGCCGAAUCCUAGGCUAAAUUUUGAUGGGAAUCGCCAAAUUGGAACGUAACGAGGCUGAAUGGAAUGUAAUGAGGCUCAAUGAGUUUAGUGGCGACUGCUGUUUUGAGAAAAUGCAUGAGGACGCUGGAGGACGUGCAAACGAAAGGUGUUUGCACAACAGGCGGGCACAACAACUGGAGUGUCACUUGCAUGCAUGCGCGGUUGUUGGUGGCUUUUGUUGCAUACCUGCCACGGCAGGCAAAUGAGAAGUCAUGAUGCGUCUGGAGACCCCGCCACUGAUGUGGUUGUUGGAUGUACUUGGAUGUGCGCCGUUACCCAAGGCGGUUAGACGGAUGUUAAGCACGAGUGGGGCACGCAAUGGUGUGCGCUGAUUGUCAGGGACCAUGCAUGAAAGUGCAAUUGUAUAAACGCACCUAAGACAUGCAAGAAAAAGUGGCACCCGCUGGCGGGACGCACAAGUAGCUUGCA